CGGGCGCCUGCGCAGUCGGGAGGGUCGCGCUCACGGCGAGGGGACACCGGAGACCUCUGGAGCGCGUCGGAGCGGGGGCUGGGCACCCGCUGGGCUGCGCACGGCGGCGCCAUGGCGGAGGAGGAGCUGGAGGCGCUGAGGAAGCAGAGGAUGGCCGAGCUGCAGGCCAAGCACGGGGAACCCGGAGAUGCAGCACAACAGGAAGCAAAGCACAGGGAAGCAGAAAUGAGAAACAGUAUCUUAGCCCAAGUACUGGAUCAGUCAGCCCGGGCCCGGUUAAGUAACUUAGCACUUGUAAAGCCUGAGAAAACUAAGGCAGUAGAGAAUUACCUUAUACAGAUGGCAAGAUACGGACAACUAAGUGGGAAGGUAUCAGAACAAGGUUUAAUAGAAAUCCUUGAAAAAGUAAGCCAACAAACAGAAAAGAAAACAACAGUUAAAUUCAACAGAAGAAAAGUAAUGGACUCUGAUGAUGACGACGAUUAUUGAAUUUAAAAUAUUUAGAGACUGGAACUUAACGGAACAGUUUAGAACAGACUCAUAUUUGGCAGAUGUUACGAACCAGCUGAAUGUUUACUUUUGUUUAUUGUCUAUAUGCCUAUAAAAAAUAAAGUUGUUAUGCAAAGUAAAACAA